AUGAGAGACAAGCCCACACCUGCAUGGGACUCUGGGAACCACACCAUUUGGGAGGAAUACACUGACAUCGCCUUUGUUGUGGCAAACAGCUUGAUUCUAUUGAUCACUUCUGCUGUGGGGAUUGCAGCAAAUCUUUUUGUUUUACUGGCAGUUCAUUACCAAAAAUCACUGCAAACUAUGAAUAAUGUGCUGGUGGUGAAUCUUGCAGUCAUAGACAUCCUGAGAUGUGUAGUUGACUGCCCCAUUCUCUUAACCAUCGUCACAACUGUGUAUCAAAGAGGAUAUGUGGACGAGUUGAUCUGUGAUACACAAGUGGCCUUUUUCUCUUUCAGCUGCUGCAUCCAACUGUUGACACUGGCCUGUAUAAGUGCCGAAAGGUACCAGGCCAUUGCCCAACCCUCCAAAACUAAUCAAAGGCGAAGACGGAUUAUGGUACUGAUUCCUCUCACAUGGGCCUUGGCUAUUCUGGUGGCUAUUUUGUGUGUGAUAUUUGUGAAGGACUCACCCGUGUAUGAAAAAUGCAAAGGAUUAUCAAGAGUAACAUCCUCUUCCUAUGACACAUUUGGACUUUACAUGUUGUUCCCACUUUGGGCAGCUUGCUUUAGUGUUAUCACUGGAUUCUAUGCUCGCAUAUUUAUCCUUGUGAGAUCACACAAUCGCAAAAUAUUUGACAGAGGUACUUUUCGUCUUUCAAAAACAGACAAAACAAAAGAUAAGCAGAAGAAAGAAGAAACCACAGCGGUGGAAAAUGGACACGGAAAAUCAGAGCAAAACCAGACCCUGAGCAAAAGUGUUGCUCAGGUGGAACUAGUGACACAAGCUGAACCAAAUUCAUCGAAGAAAGAUUCUACGGCUGCUCUACUGGCCUCAACAAAAACUCCACAAUGUGCCUUCAUCAGUUCAGAGAAUAAAAAAGAAUUAAAAAAUACAUUGGCGAUAACUGACUUGAAAACAGAACAACAUCACCCUUCUGCAAUGCCGGAUGCAGUGCAGACUGAGGAAAAACCUUUUAAAACAGAGCAGUCCAAUCCCUGUGGCACGAACGUUAAAGCAAACCCGUCAAAUGGAGAUGCUGCUGCUAGUGUUCAGAGCUCAACCACAAAGCCGCAGAAGGUGUCAAGCAAUUUCGAUAUAGAAAAGCAGUCCAAAGAGAGAGUUAAAAUUGACAAAACGCCCUCUGAAAUGAAAGAAACCAGCCCCCAUGUUCCCUCGUCUGCACAGUUAGAAAAUACAGAAUCCACUCCUGUUUUAAUGAUUGAAUUAAAUCAAGCUAAGAGCAACAACGGAGGAGAAAAAUUGACUGUAGAUCAAGUGUCUUCUUUACCUCCCGUCAUUGGUAAUGUCCCUGAAACAGAAGCUACAAAACAAAACAUGGAGGUGGAAGGUGCUGUUUGCAUGAUGCCUUCCAAAGCAAGUAAAGAGAGAGCGAAAAAAAAGAAGGAAAGUAAAAUGGCGAAGCGUGCUGGCUAUAUUAUUAUAACCUUCGUCUUAUUCUGGUUACCACUGAUCACAACUAUCCUGAUGAAUGCUGUUCACAGAACACAGGUAAGUAUUUGUGAGACAAGGAUCCAUUACACAAAGUCUUCUCUAAUGUUCUUUUUCAUUUUCUAUGAUUUUUUUCAGAUAACAAUCAUUCGGGACAUGCAGAUUCUGUCCGUCUCUAUCGCCUGCAUCACAUCACUAAGUGACCCAAUAAUAUAUGCUGCAGUGAACCCUCAGUUUCGAACAGAGUUUUAUAGGCUUAAAAAAAGAGGCUAUCAAGAAUGA